AUGACGCAGAGACCAGAUUUAUGCGCGCCCAUACUGGAAGUAACACAGUAUGAUAAGAGCUUUGUCAACCCCGCGCACAUUUUUCUGUCCCCAGCAAAUGUAUCAGAGAGUACGACUGGGCCAUAUAUCUACAGCAGCUCUGGGGAAUUAGUUUGGCAUGGUGCAAAUAUAACGCAACAUGAGGUCAACAACUUUACUCCUUGCCAAAUUGCUGCCGAAGAAAAGCUAUGCAUGCUAGAUUUACGGCAUGGCAAAGGGGUUAAAGCAAGUGGCCCAGCUUUGGCUGUUAGCCGUGACCUCGCUAUCUCCAAAGAGGCAGGACUGAUUGAGAUAACUGGUGGGCAAUCGUUUGAUAUGCACGAGCUCAACUCUGUCGACAACGGAGCCGGAAUAGUGACAAUCCAUUAUAUGCCACGAAUACGGGAUCUGUCAAGUGUGGGAGGCCCGAUAUUUGGAUAUCUCAAAACUAGUGGGUUCCAAGAGAUUGAUGUCAAAACCGGGGCCGUCAAUUUUGAAUGGGAUGCCCUAGAUCAUUUUGAUCUAUCAGAAUCACACAUGGAUAUCGGAACGCCUAGUUGGGGGGAUGCUUUGAGUCCCGAAAGUCCUUGGGAUUAUUUCCAUAUCAAUUCUGUUGAUAAGACCAGAGACGGAGAUUAUAUAAUAUCCGCGCGGCAUACAAGUACAAUUGCCAAAAUCUCCGGUAAGAAUGGUACCGUUCUGUGGCGGCUUGGAGGUAAUCGCUCCGACUUUACCUUCGAGCCUGCUCUGAAUUUCAGUUCUCAGCACUGUGUUCGAUUACAAUCGGAAAAUGACACCAGCGCCGUUCUAUCUGUUUUCAACAACGGCAAUGAUGGAAACAAGCAGACCGCAAACUCAUCCUCAGGACUUUUACUCCAGCUGGAUUUGAUAAACAAGCAUGCUUCUCUUAUACGUCGCUACCCAGCUCCGAAUGGGUAUCUUAGCCGGAAGAAAGGCAGUCUCCAGAUUUUACCCGGCGGAAAUGCAUUUACUCAUUGGGGAGGUACCCUCAAUGUGACGGAACAUUCACCAGACGGAUCACAUACUGUGUUCCAAGCCAAUAUCGUAGAUCGGGAUCAAGGUGCAUAUAUGUACCGCGCAUGGAAAGCAAAUUUUACAACCUCACCGAUCACCAGUCCGGACGUCCACGCUGUGGCAACAUCCAAGGCCGGACCGAGUGUGUACUAUGUUUCGUGGAAUGGUGCAACUGAAGUACAUGGCUGGAGAGUCUAUGCCGCAAAAGAAAAGGCAGAUGACUACAACUUGGUUGACACCUUCCAGAAAAAUGGAUUCGAGACAAGAUUGGAGAUCGCGAGUCUCCUGCCUUGGGCCAUUAUUGAGGCUGUCAAUGGAGCCAACGAAGGUAUUCGCAACGCCACACCUGUACAUGCAAUCCACCACGUCGUCGAUAAUGGCCAG